AUGGUUUGUCUACCAGAAGAUGGCAUGUUGAUACGUGCGACUGUACGCGACACAAUUCUAAUAUCCGGCAAAAAACAAUAUACUAUACAAUUAUCGCCAUCGAAAACCAUCAAUAGCAUUUUCCAAGAGAUAUCGGACGAAUUCCAUUACUUGAUAGAAGAGAUUGAACUGAUCCUCCAAUCGAUCGGCAAAAAGGAGACAAUAAUCCUCAACGAUUUCAAAAACAAAACCGUACAAGAAGCCGGUAUCAAAUGGACGCCUUUAGAUCGUUUGUCGAUCGUAAUCAAUCAAAUCAAAGUGAAACCGAUGACUUUGUUCGAUCCCUGCAACGAAGACGAUCUACUUUUAGGCGCCUCCGCUAGUCCCACUACAGAGGUCGCGGACGCUCCCGGUUCCACCAGCGAUGCUUCCCAAGAUUACGACGUGAAAAUCAAGUGCCCGUCGGUGAAGCGCGAACACCUCAAACCCAUCGUAAUAGAAUCGACGAAUUACGUGGGACUGGUCAACCAAGCGAUGACCUGCUACUUGAACAGCCUCCUCCAAACGCUCUACAUGACGCCGGAGUUUCGCAACGCCCUCUACAAUUGGGAGUUCGACGGCGUCAACGAGUCGCGCUCGACGCCCUACCAAUUGCAAAAGUUAUUUUUGAACUUGCAAACGUCCUGGCGAUCGGCCGUCGAGACCACCGAUCUGACCUACAGCUUCGGCUGGCAGAACAGCGACGCCUGGCACCAGCACGACGUCCAAGAGCUCUGCCGCGUCAUGUUCGACGCGCUCGAACAGAAAUUCAAAGACACCAAGCAGGCGAACAUGAUCAACGAGCUGUACGAGGGCAGGAUGUUGGACUACGUCAAGUGCUUGGAGUGCGGCACGGAGAAGUCGCGCGAGGACACGUUCCUGGACAUACCGUUGCCGGUGCGGCCGUUCGGCAACGCCGUCGCCUACAACAGCGUCGAGGAGGCGUUGCGGGCGUUCGUGCAGCCCGAAACGUUGGACGGCAGCAAUCGGUACCAUUGCGAAAAAUGCGACAAGAAGUGCGACGCGCACAAAGGGCUGAAAUUCACCAAGUUCCCCUAUUUGUUGACGUUGCAUUUGAAGCGGUUCGAUUUCGACUACAACACCAUGCACCGCAUCAAGUUGAACGACAAGGUGGUGUUCUCGGAGACGUUGAAUUUGAAUUCGUUUGUAACCGAGCACGGGGCGAGCGAUGUCGAUGGUAUCGGCGAUAGAGAGACGGCGGGGAAAUGCGACGAUUGCAGCACCACCGAUUCGGGCUCCGCCGACGACGAGAGUUGCCAGGGCACCGAUGUAUCGUCCACCGUUAACGGGCAAGACGACAAUUGCGCCGAUAGCGAUGAAGGUAUCGAUGUUAGUUCGAGGAACAACCACGACGACGACGCCAAAGGUCCUUACAUGUACGAAUUAUUCAGUAUUAUGAUACACUCGGGUAGCGCCAACGGUGGACAUUACCACGCGUACAUUAAAGAUUUCGAUAAGAACCAAUGGUUCUGUUUCAACGAUCAGAGCGUCACCAGCAUCACCGAGGACGAUAUAAGGAAAACGUACGGAGGCGGUCCGAGGCGCGGCUACUAUUCGGGCGCCUAUUCGUCGAGCACCAACGCCUACAUGCUGAUGUACAGGCAAAUAGACAAGGAGAAAAACGCCAAGGCGAUGAGCUACUCGGAAUUUCCGCCGCACAUCAAGAAAUUGCUAGCCGAUAUGCGGAAGAAGGAGGAGGAGGACAGGAUCAACAAGGAAAAGGAGAACGAUAUGAUUAGAUUAACUAUUUAUUGCCAACAUCCGGUCACGAACGCCCUAAACGACUCUAAAUACGUGUUCUUCCACUAUGUGACAUUAGCCGAAGCCGCCCAAGAGGCCUACCAUCGGCUCAAUCUCGAUUUGUCGCCCGUCAAUUUGGAAGAUUGCCGCUUGGUGGUGUUCAACAAGAAACAGGAGUGCAUCGAUACGAGCUUCGAAUCUGACGAAACCAAAUUCUGUGAUAUUUUAAAUACGAUGCAGAAGCGAGGCUACCUAUCCGAUUGGCUGUUGGAAAUCAGAGAACCCGGAACGCCAUGGCAAACGUACAAAACGGGAGGCAUCAACAUGAAAGUUUACAACAUAUUGUUGGAUAGCGAGGAAGUGUGCGAACCUCGGCACGUUCGCGUAGAUAUCGAUGAUACCGUGAAGCAACUGAAAGAUAAAAUCGGCCUUUUACUUAACAUGGAUCCGGAUACCGUGAAAAUCGUCAUGGAAAUGUACAGCAACGAGCCGAAGUAUUUGGAUAACGACGAUGCCAUAGUGAAGUUCGACGCCAAUUGCAACAACUACAAACUGUACGUUUCGAACGCAUUAGACGAACAUCCCGACAAUACGUUUAUGUUUUCGAAAUUCAAACGGUUAAUCGAACAAUUCGGCUACGUGAUCAGUUUAACGCUAUUUCUACCGGAUACGGAUAUCGCCACGUUGGAAUCCAUGUCGAUACCGUCGUUGGAUUUGAACCAAAACUUGGACAAAUUGGAAUUGGACAGCGGCGACCGGUGCACCAAUUCCCCGAAUCUGCGCCAAUCGCCGCAACCGGGCGCCCAAACCGACGGUUCGGGCGAUCAGAGCAACAGCGAGGAGAGCAGCCUCAGCGACAGCGAUCGCACUUUGGUCGGAGAAACGCCAAGCGAUUGCAUCGGUAUGUUGUCGAGCAGCCCGGCCUCGCCGGCCGAUCAACACAUGGCCUCGCCGGGCGAUCCGCGCGAAGACAGCUACAGUCACGACAUCAUGGGCAAUCCGUUCGAGGAGAUGAACUGGGACGACGUCGAGACGCAGCCCGACGGCGACGCGCCGCAUUACUACUUCAAAUUAACCAGCGAAUCGAGGAUCAAGGAUCCGUCCAAUUGGGAAAACGACGCCGUCAGAUUCUGUAAGAUAUUAGCGGAUAAACGGAUGACGUUGGAGAAGUUUAAAAAGAAUUUGGAAACCGUUUUGAGGAUACCAUCGGAGUACUUUAAAAUCUACAAACACUACGCGAAUUCCGACGAGGAGUGGAGCUGUUUGUCCGAUACGUUGAGGUCGGCUCGAGACGGGGAACGGUUAACGGUGAAAUUGGGCCGGGUGUUGCGCAAGGACGAGCUGAAAUGCAACGUGUACCAUCUGAAGCUCGACGCGAUGGAUUUGAACAAGUUCCUGUUCGAACACAUCGUGACCAGAGGCCAGACGGUGGGCGCGGUGAAAAAGGAGAUCCUCGUGCAGGCGAAGAAGCAACACAUGCUCGACAUACCCUAUCACAAGUGCCGGUUGCGGAAGAAGAACUGGAAGGUGCCCAUGCGCGUGUACCUGGACGAUCAGAAAUUCGACAAGGACAUCAUGGUGGUGUCGUCGAGCAUCGAUGUGUUCCUGCAGGAGUUGCCCGACGUUGAGCCGGUGACGUCUCGCGAUCAAUACGUGUUCUUCGUCAGGCAAUGGUGUCCCUCUACGUUGACGCUCAAACCGUUUCAAGAAGUUGUAGUCGAUAAUCUGACGAUGCCCGAGCUUAAGAAGAAACUGUCUGAGUUGUCGAACAUACCGGUGGAUAAUUUGGUGGUGGCCAACGUGAAAACUCCCCUGCCUUGUAACAUACACGUACUGGAUAUGGAAACGCACGUCGUGUGGAAUUCGAUGCUGUUGAAUUUCGAUGUGUGUCCCUUAAACGCGGAAAACGGCAGCGUUUUCUUCUACAGAGAUUCUCAGGAGAGUUCGAAGGAACUGACGACCGAGGAGCACAAGGAGUUGAUGCAAAAGGAGAACACGCGAAUGCGCAAAUUUUACCUGUCAUCGUACUCGGCGGGCGGCGAGCGAGCCUUAAAAAUCUAUUUGGAUACUUCGAGCAAGUCCGAGGAAACCAUAGACUGA